UCAUCAGAGGUUCUCAUCUCAGAUCUAUCUCACUAACUUUAUUUGUAUGUCUGGGUGAUUUCUCUCUAAUGGCGGAAGAGGUUUUUCCAUGGUUGAAGUCUUUACCUUUAGCACCUGAGUACCAUCCAACCCUAGCCGAGUUUCAAGAUCCAAUUUCAUUUAUUUUCAAGAUCGAGGAAGAAGCUUCCAAGUAUGGAAUCUGUAAAAUCGUCCCACCUGUCUCUGCUUCGCCGAAGAAAACUGCAAUUGCUAACCUCAACAAGUCUCUGUCCGCACGAAACCCUGAUUCAUCACCUACAUUUACCACCAGACAGCAACAGAUCGGUUUUUGCCCACGUAAGCACCACCGACCGGUUCAGAAACCCGUUUGGGAGAGCGGCGAGAUAUACACGGUUCCCCAAUUUGAAGUCAAAGCCAAGGCUUUUGAGAAGAGUUACUUGAAGAAAGGAUCAAAUUCCAAGAAGGGUUUAACGCCGUUGGAAGUGGAGACUCUUUACUGGAAGGCUCAUGUGGAUAAACCAUUUUCGGUUGAGUAUGCAAAUGACAUGCCGGGCUCGGCAUUUGAUCAAACAGUUGGUGGGUCUGCUGGAAAGAAACAGGGGAAAAAGGAUAUCGGGGACGCCUUGACGGUGGGGGAGACUGAGUGGAAUAUGAGAGGGGUUUCAAGGGCAAAAGGGUCUUUAUUGAAGUUUAUGAAGGAAGAAAUACCUGGUGUUACUUCACCCAUGGUUUACAUCUCUAUGCUGUUUAGCUGGUUUGCUUGGCAUGUUGAAGAUCAUGACUUCCAUAGCUUGAAUUAUAUGCAUAUGGGUGCAGGGAAGACUUGGUAUGGAGUACCCAGAGAUGCUGCUGUUGCAUUUGAGGAUGUGAUCAGAGAUCAUGGCUAUGGAGGAGAGAUUAAUCCUAUUGUGACUUUUGCCACUCUUGGUGAGAAGACCACAAUUAUAUCCCCCGAAGUAUUACUUAAGGCCGGGGUUCCUUGCUGCAGAUUGGUGCAAAAUGCUGGAGAAUUUGUUGUCACUUUCCCUAGAGCUUAUCACUCGGGGUUCAGUCAUGGAUUCAACUGUGGGGAAGCAGCUAAUAUUGCAACACCUGGCUGGCUGAGAGUUGCACGAGAUGCUGCAAUUCGUAGAGCUUCGAUUAAUUGUGCUCCCAUGGUAUCUCAUUCUCAGUUGCUUUAUGAUCUGGCAGUAUCAUUCUCUUCAAGUGUACCAACAAGCAUCAAGCCUGAACCUCGGAGUUCCCGAUUAAAAGAUAAGUUGAAAGUUGAGGGAGAAGCCUUAGUAAAAAGACUGUUUUUUCAAGAUAUGAUGCAAAACAAUCACCUUCUUCAUAUUCUUGCAAAAGGAUCUCCUAUCGUAGUUCUUCCUGAAAAUUUUAUAGACAGACGGAUUGCCUUUCAAUCUAAUGGAACUUCAAGGCUUUCGUUCGGUUUACACACUCAAGAAGUUGAUGAAUUGAAGUCCACACAUAGUUCAGAUUCUGAUGAUGAUGUUAAUCUAGACAGAAAGCCGAUGAGAAAAUUUUCUUCGUUUUGUGGUAGGAAUAACGAACUCUCACUGAAUGGUGGGAAAGACGCUUCAUCAAGUAGUUUAGCUUCUCAGACACAGAAUACGGCCACCGGAAGAUAUAAGGGUGGUGAAUGUGAUAAAACGCAUGAUACUGGUAUAUUUUCAUGUGUUACUUGCGGGAUUUUGUGCUAUGCAAGCGUUGCAAUUAUUCGACCAACAGAAGCAACUGCAAAUUAUCUCAUGUCAGCUGAUUGCAGAGGCAUUAGUGAUCUGGUUGCUGCCACAGAUUUAUUCACUAAUGAAGAUGCAAGUUUGGUGGAUCCCAAAUCCUCUUCAGGGCAAAUGCCAAAGAGCACUCGUGAUGGUUUGUUUGACGUACCGAUAAAAUCUACUGACGAAGCACAGACUGUAGAUGAUAAUCCGGGUAUAACUCCAGCUACUGCAGACCAGAAAGUCAAUUCCUCUCUUGGCCUUUUGGCUUUAGCCUAUGGUGAUUCUUCGGAUUCUGAUGAUGAUCGUGUCGAAGGAGAUAUCCAUACUAAUUGUUCUAGUGAUCUUCCCCCUAAUAAUAAAACCGCACUUCUUGGAGCAGCCAGCUCUCAUGGGGAUCAUCAUGAUCAGGAUGCAAGAGGUGAUAUGAAGUAUAUAAACGAUCAAACUUUUGACUGUUCUGUUGAGUUUGAAAGAAACAGAAGUUUGAAGGACUCAAAUUGCUUAACGGGAAAGUCUCUAAUUGCUGAACAGAAUUGUUUAUCGGAUGUGCACGUUUCAGAAAAGGCUGUACGUCAAAUUGAGAACACGCCUAUAACCACAGUAUGCGAUGAAGAAUCUUCUAGAAUGCACAUAUUUUGUCUUGAGCAUGCUCUAGAAGUUGAACAACGCCUGCGUGCAGUUGGUGGUGUUCAUAUGCUGCUCCUCUGUCACCAAGAUUAUUCCUCUCUAGACUCUGAAGCAAAGUUAGUUGCAAAAGAACUGGGAAUUGAUGAUGGCUGGACCGAUAUCGGAUUCAGAGAGGGUAUUCAAGAAGACAAAGAGUGGAUACAAUCGGCUCUGGAUAGCGAAGAAGCCACCCAUGGCAACCGAGACUGGGCUGUAAAAUUGGGGAUUAAUCUCUUCUACAGUGCUAGCCUUAGCCGCUCUCCUCUUUACAGCAAGCAAAUGCCAUAUAAUUUCGUUAUUUAUAAUGCAUUUGGACAUAAUUCUCCAUCUAGUAGCCCUACAAAACCGAAGCCUUCCAGCAGGCAGAAAAAGAUCGUUGUGGCGGGAAAAUGGUGCGGGAAAGUAUGGAUGUCGAAUCAGGCGCAUCCGUUGUUAGUAGCAAGAGAUCCCGAAGAACAAGAUGAUGUAAAACCUGCAAGACAAUCUGAAAACACCCAAAUGGUGAUUAGUAAGAAUGCAAGAAAGAGGAAGAAGAAUGUUUUAGAAAGUAGGCGAAUGAGUGUGAAGACAAAGUUCCCGAAAGUAGAGCGAUCGUCAUCACCAGCACCAGCACCACCACCUCCGCCAGUGGAUGAUUUGCCGACACUGAAUGGCGGUUUCAGGCGGCAGCCUAGGACAAACCUCAGAAACAAGCAAAUUAGAAAGGAAACAACCCCAAGAAACAUUCUUGAUCAGAAAGCAAGACAAUUUGACAUGGAUUCCGAGAGAGAAUCAGAAACGGAUGGCGGGCCCAGCACAAGAUUAAGAAAAAGAAUCAUAAAACCGCCAUCAAAAGAACUCGGAGUCAAGAUAGAAACGAAGCAAGCGAUCAAGAAGCAGAGUGGCAUCAAGAAAGCAAAGAAACCUCCUCCUGCCAUGGAAGCAAGAGAAGAAGAUGGAGAAUUUGCUUGUGAUAUGGAGGGCUGCAAUAUGAGUUUCGACAGCAAACAAGAACUUCUGGUUCACAAAAGAAACGUGUGCCCGGUGAAGGGAUGCGGGAAGAAAUUCUUCUCUCAUAAGUAUCUCGUGCAGCAUAGGCGGGUCCACAUGGAUGACCGCCCAUUGCAGUGCCCGUGGAAAGGGUGCAAAAUGACGUUCAAAUGGGCAUGGGCUCGGACCGAACACAUUAGGGUGCACACAGGGGCACGGCCAUAUGUUUGUAACGAGGAUGGGUGUGGACAAACGUUCAGGUUCGUGUCGGAUUUUAGCCGACAUAAGCGGAAAACAGGGCAUUCUGUGAAGAAACAGGUUCAGGAAAGGUAAAAAGAUGGUAGGGAAUGUAAUGUUUAACAUGUGAAAGAUGAAACUAAACUGUUGUUUCUAAUUUAUUAACACAUUGGAAGUAGGUUUUUAGGCCAUUUUAGGGAGGAAAUAUUAGUGGUCUUAUUUGGUCGGUUUAA